CCCCCCUUCCCCUCCUCAUCCCUCUGCCCCUCUCCUUCAAACCUCCACUGAGCGAUUAUAGACUAGAGACCCCCGGCGUCUCGUAGUGCCCAGUUGGGGACCAGCUGAUAAACACCCCAAAGGCACUUCCAGAAUGUCCCGAUUCAGCAACUUUCUUUUCUCCCUCCCUCCCCUUCUCCCCCCUUCAAGGGCAGCAAAGGAGGCUUUUGUUAUUUGCUCCUUUUGAAGUUUGCUUCCUUUUUUUGCCGGGCCUCUCUCCUGUUUAUAAUUUAAGAUUCGGGAGCGCGCGAGGGCACUCCAACUCUCUUUCCUAGAAACGUGAUUUCUCUGUGUCUCCCGUAGCCUCAGUUUUCCAGGCUUCCUUCCUGCGUGCCCACUCACCCCCAAACACAGGUGGAUGGAGCUCUUAAACUUUUCCCGGUUCCUGAGGUUUGUCGGGUUGGGUUUUGUUUGUUUGUUUGUUUUUGUUUGGUUGGCUUUUUUUUUUUUAAUGGCAGUUUGGAAACGCUGUUGCCGAUUUCCCUCUCCACUCACUAUUUUCCCUUUUCUCUGGUUGGGUCCGUUGUCUGCUUUGCCCCCACCCCCAGCCCGCUCACUCUGCCCUCCAAUUCCCAUCCCCAGCCCCUUUCAUUCAGGUAAAACUGUAAAUUUCCAACGCGCCAUUGUUCCUCUGGAUCUCCCAAAGCUCCCUAGAGAUUCCCGGAAUACUUUUUUUGGUAUUUAAAUCCCCGGUAGAUAGGACUAAUGUAAAUUCUGUGACAUUCAAACCUUCUCCAGUUCACAAAUCAGUCACCCUUGUCACAGUUAUUGAAAUUCCGCAACUUGCCACAACAAGACGGUGGAAAAAGCGGGCGCGGUCUUUGUUGCCGACCAGGCUUUUGAUCGCCAGAGAAAAUUUACUUACCUUCAGAUGAGUGAGCAGAAAAAGAAAUAACACUCCCUUUGAUUUAGUUAGGAAAAUGCAGACAUUUGGAUUCCGUGCAAACAUACAACACUCGCUUGUUUUCGCGAUGCGGCCCUCGAUUAACCUGUCUUUGCCCAGCGCAAAGUCUAUUCAACAACUGCGCGUAGUUGCUUUUUGUCCCAUCCACAAAGAACCAUUGACUAUAUAUUAAAAUGAUUGUUGAAAGGUAGAGGAGUAUGGCACGCAAAAGCAGGGGGAAAAUCCCUGUAACUCAAUCAAUUAAACCGAGCGACAUUUAUACAUUUCAAAAAAUGCACGCGGAUGUGGAGCCGGGGGCGAUGGAGGUUGCGUUUCUCCUUAGCUCAGUUUUAAGCCCAUCAGCUUGGCCCAGGAUUUAGCCUUAGCGCCUGCAUAUUCAUUAGGUCUAAUUAUUUUCUAGUAAGGAAAACACAAAAAGCCAAGAGUCGGAAUCCUUCAAUUUGCCCUUUGUUUCUAACUUCAUUUGGCUUCUUUGCAGCUGAAUCAAGGCUCUAAACUCUUUUCCAGACAAAGGGACCUUCAACUCAUCCUUUCACGUGAUGUCCGGUUAGAAAACUUACCAAGCAAAAGGAAAAUGAAAUGAUUUUCUCUCUCUCUCUCUCUCUCUCUCUCUCUCUCUCUCUCUCUCUCUCUCUCUCUCUGUCUCUCCAGCUAGCUUCCUAGGGCUGGAGGAAGAAAGGUCAGCACUGGCUACUUCUAGCCUCCUUUCUGUUUGGCCGGUUUUCUUCCCAUAUUCUGGUUUGGGCACAGUGAAGUAGAAUUAGGCUGUCCUUUAAAAAAAAAUCUCUCUCUCUCUCUCUCUCUCUCUCUCUCUCUCUCUCUCUCUCUCUCUCUCUGAAGUCAGACUGUGGCUAAGGAUGGUUUCCCUGUGUCUGAAGAGAUUGUGUUGAGCACCUGUGCUUGUGGGGCUUGAAAAUAGAAAUUCCAGGAAAAGGAGAAAAAAAAAAUCAAGAAUGUUCUGCCCCCAGCAACAAGUCUGAGUCCAGUGGCCCAGCACUUCUCACAUAAUCUGAGUGGACCCCUGUAAUGAGUGAUAGGGAAAGCUGGAGCGGAAGGUGGUGGUAGGGGCUCCUUUUGGACCUAUCAUAUUUUGUUUAGGGGAAAAGAUACACCAGAACCAUUCAGCUCUUUUUUGCUCCUACAAGGGGAAGUUGGAUCCUAGAAUGAUGAAAAUCUUAUAUUCAAGGAGAAAUUUCCUCUAGAGGCUGCACUGGUCUUUCACUAGGGAGAACAAAUAUUGAACCCACCUUGACUGCUUUAAAAAAAAAAAAAUAGGGAGGGGACCUGAGGGAAGGGCGGCUGUUGGGAGAGGGGAGGGAAAAUAAUUCUUCAAAAAAGAAAGUCAAGCUUCUCUCCUCCAGUCUGUGGAAAAUCCAGCGAGGACGUUGACAGAGGGUAUUUUUAGGAAACCCGUCCAAAUAUACGAGGAAACGCGAGCGGCUCCAGUUCAAAGCCACAUGCACCAACGUGACAUAUAAGCCAUUAAAAUAUCAUCCUGACGGCUCAUUUCUGCUCCAUCAUACAUUCCCUAACUGCUUCCCCGAAAGCUGGAGAAGGAGAAAUGAAGGAUGACCGCCUCGGUGGAACCACAAAAGAGGCUUAGAGGGAUGUGUGGUCCCCCCUCAUCCACCCCAAAGUGAUGUGCAGAAAUGAGGUGAUCCGGGCAACAGGUGGAGCAGGGGUCAGUGCUACGUGGAUUGCCUGUUUGGCUGCUCCUCUGUCUUCAGUCUCGCCCAGUGGAUGCAGAGGUCCUCAGAAUGCUUCCAAGGAUGUAUGGCUGCCGAAUGCCUGGGAGCUCCAGCCACUGAUAAUCUUGAGAGGGAGGCAUUAUUUCUAAACUUUUCAACUACAGCUAAGGGGCAACUUGGCACCAACUAACAACAACAACAAAAUGAUACUUUUUUAACCUGGUGGAUUUAACAUUAGCUUUGAAAAAUGAGUCAGUGGCAGCUCUCAAGUUGGUCUGGAGGUGGGGGUGGAACAUGUGAGACUAAAGAAUUAUUCACUACUACAGACAGAACAGGAUUUCAAAAUCUGCAAACUUCUUCCUUCCAACAAUAUAACUAAGCAUAAUUGCACACCCCUAGAAAACAGAGGGCCCUCCCUGCCGCACCUCACCAAAUGUAAAUAACUGACUUGAAGAAAUAAUGGGGUUUUCUGAAACAUAAUUUCAAUUUCUAGAAGCCACAGGUUUUUGGACAUUGAAUGAAUGCUCCCACCCUCAAGGCAGAACAAUGAAUGAUAAAAAGUCUAACUGUGAAAUUAGGAUUUUUCAAUGUUUUUGUUACCAACCCAUAUGAUUUUACAAGAAACAGGAGUAGUCCCCAGAAAUCUUUUUUUUUCCCCUUGUGUUUCCAAAUUUGAAAACAAUCAAAGAAAGGCUAAAAGAUUGUUUGCAGACUAACAUCUUUCUUUCAUACACUCAGGCCACAGAUUCUUGCCACAGAGACAUGUAUGGUAGUGUUUUACUCAGUUCUUUUCUUCUCAAGCAGGCUCAAACUCAGAAAAUGAAAUACAAGUCUUCCUUGGUGAUGAGGAAACGAUUGCGGCUUUACAGAAAUACCCUGAAAGAAUCAAGUAGCAGCUGUGGACACCAUGGGCCCCAGUUCGCCGCCGCCGCUUCAAGCCCCUCGGUAUUUCCGGGCCUUCAUGAGCAACCUCCCCAGGCCUCCCACAACCGUCCUUUGAACGGACUCCUGCGUCUGGGGCUCCCUGGAGACAUGUAUGCGAGGUCGGAACCCUUUGCACCGGGGCCCACGGCCCGCAGCGACCCUUUGGCAACAGCCACAGCCCUGCACGGCUAUGGCGGCAUGAACCUGACCGUGAACCUCGCCGCACCCCAUGGCCCUGGAGCCUUUUUCCGCUAUAUGCGCCAGUCCAUCAAACAGGAGCUCAUCUGCAAGUGGCUAGGCGAGGAUGGCCCAGUGUCCCCGCGCCCCUGCUCCAAAACUUUCAGCACCAUGCACGAGCUGGUCACGCACGUCACCGUGGAGCACGUCGGUGGCCCAGAGCAGGCUAACCACAUCUGCUUCUGGGAGGAGUGUCCGCGACAGGGCAAGCCCUUCAAAGCCAAAUACAAACUUGUAAAUCACAUCCGCGUGCAUACGGGCGAGAAGCCCUUCCCUUGUCCUUUCCCAGGGUGUGGGAAAGUCUUUGCUAGAUCAGAAAAUCUCAAAAUACACAAACGAACACAUACAGGCGAGAAGCCCUUCAGAUGUGAGUUCGAGGGCUGCGAGCGGCGUUUCGCCAACAGCAGCGACCGCAAGAAGCAUUCUCACGUACACACGAGCGACAAGCCUUACAUGUGCAAGGUGCGCGGGUGUGACAAGUGCUACACGCACCCCAGCUCUCUGCGGAAGCACAUGAAAGUUCACGGUCGCUCGCCGCCACCCAGCUCUGGCUACGACUCAGCAAUACCGUCCGCUCUCACGUCUCCCUCUUUAGAAAGCGGCCGUGAGCCCCCGAUAGCCUGCACAGCGGCGGUGGCGGUGCGUGGCACAGACAUGAGCGAAUGAUGUUGCUUGCAAGGUAAUCUUGCCCUGCGCAGCUGAGCGCCGGCAUCUUGCGCCUGCGACAUCAAAGGGCUCUCUCACAAAGCAGUGUUUCUUCGCCACGGUGCAUCUUCAUGGUAAGUUAGGAUUUCUAUGGCAAUGGGCAAGUCUCACUGAAAUCCUGAAAGGCCGAGCCUGGAGCCCGUCCAGGCUUUUCAUUAAGGACAUAAUAUUUACGUCUAACAGGCCUUUUUUCUUGUGUAUACAAGUAUAUAUUUUUGUUUGACGCGGACUAAAUCAUUUUCAUUUAAUUUCCGGUAAACAAAACCCACGCGAAUGGGCACUUGUUCCCGAUCAUAAUAAAAAUGGAUAAUAAUGCGAGGGAAGAAAAGGGCCGCUUGAAUCGCCGCUCAGCCUUCUUUGUUUCUGCUUUCUGCGGUGAUCAGAGGGCGUAUUUGGGUUUGAUGGCGAGUUUCUAAAGGCGAGGAAAUGGUUUGUAAGAGGGAAAAGAAAAGGAGAAAGGUCCAAUCAAGCUCGGGUUGUUCAAAGAGUCGGGUUUUGGGGUUGAAAGUGUGAGUUUGACGGUGCAUCAGCACGCCGCGUUAGGCUCGCCAUGGAAAUGCGCGCGGGGAGCGGCCGCUUCAAAGGCGGCACACUUCACUGCGGACACUCUAUUAAGAUACAUUUGCGCUGACCUUUGCUUUCACGCCAUUUAAUACUGUCACCGUGCUCUCCAGUAUAUACUUCCUCCCAGGACCUGUCUUGCCAGUGUUUAGGGGUUCACCCUGCACCCUGAUGCAGGGGGGCUUUGGUACCCGGGAUUCUUUCAAGAAAGGGAGGAGGAGCCGGACUCGGAGCAUUUUGACAGCGCCCAUAGGCCCUAGAGUCAGAGUAAAUGACUAGAGCAUCCCGAGAAGCUUACCAAAGGAGCAUCCCCAGCUCGGGUGUCAGCAGCACAGAGCCCAAUGGGGACUUAAGACGAAUCUGGGAAGUACCGGGAGCUGUUAAGUGCGCCUCAGGGACAGUUAGUUCCACUGCCUUCCCCAGAGGUGCUCUACUGCUUCCUCACCCUGGAAGUCUUGCAGCCCCUUAAACUUUUCCUCUGAUGUGCCACUGUGUGGUAGCCUUAGGUUUGGGCGGGCUUUGGGCACAAACUGAAAAGCCCAAGGCCAAGGGGAUGGAGAAGACGGCAGCAAAGUUAGAAGUCCAUGUUCUCUUAAUUGUCUUGUUGUUUAUUUUAUCCAAGUACCCUAGUGAAUAGGGGAAAAAUAAACACGGUGGAAAAAAAAAAUCAAACAGUAGCGUCUUCUUUAGUGCCCGUCCUUGUGGUUGAAUAAAAAGGAUGGUCUGCCUUCUAUUGAGCUGAGAAAUCUUUGAAGUGGGAGUUAUUAUCUGAGACAUUCUUGCUUGUCGUCCUAACAACGCUGAUGAAAUGUAAAAGGUUCUUUGUCAGCGAUUUGUUCUCCUCUCUGUCAAACUCACUUUGCCCCAUUGGUUUCAAACCAUUGCUAAAGAGAUAAAAUCAAAUUUCUUAAAGAAAAAAAAUCCCUAUGCUCCACCAGUAGAUAACUUUAGGGAUAAGUAUUGCUAAGAGGAAAAAAAAAAAACAAAAACAAAAAACAAAAGCACUGUGUAGUUUCAGUCUUGGUGAUAUGUGUAGAUGUUGGAAGGCCGUUUGCACAAAAACUGGUAUAUUAGGUAAUGCGAGAAGGUAGAGGCAGAGGGUAAGUGUCCCAAGUCUAUGCUCCUGUGUUUAUGCUUUCUGUCCUGGUCUGCAUCCCAUCAGCCCAGGUUUACUAACUGGAUGGAUUCUCUUGGAGAUCUCUCAGGCUCCAAAUAUUCCUACCUGGGGUUCUUGGAACUUAAGCUUGCAAACAAGUGAUGCUUAAGUUUUCCCUUUUUUCGAAGAAAUUUGUGCUAUAAAUAGAUCUGUCGUGUUUCCUCACCACUAGCAGCCAUCAGCACACACGUUCUGUCAUCAAAGGAUGGUAGCAUAAGCAAGAGGAACAUUUUAAUAUUUCCUUUAUUGUCGUUGUUAUCUUGGAGUUCAGAAGGUUUGGUUUACAAGAUGGUGACCAAAAAGUGCAUGCACAUGCCAACCCCUUCCCCUACGUGCAGUUCAUUUUAUAUUGUGCCUAGAAAAGAAACUUUGCCCCUGUUCAGGUCUUCUUAACUUCCUACUGUAGUUCUAAAGGUGAUUUAAAUAAAUAAGAUUGUGCCCAUCACCCUACCCUGUGUGCUUACUAAAUGAUUUGUGAAGACCUUUCCCCAAGUUGUAACCCAUGUGAUCGGUUAUAGUUGCUGCAAAAUGUCUCUUAUAUUGAUGUUGUUUGUUUACUUGAUCCUCCACAUGUCUGUAUUGCUAAUUUAUGGGAGAAUAUAAUGAUUGCAAUGGAUGUGAAUUAUACAGUUGGGCAAGUAUUUCAUAAUCAUCACUAACAUACACACAGGUCUGAGUCAACCCUUAGAUUAUUGGUACCUUGUCUAUCCACAUUGUUAUUUGAAAAAUCUCUCCCUUUAACAGCAGCUAAAUUAGGAACUAACCUGAAAGAAAAAAAAGUUGUUGUGUGUAUUUGACAGUGAUUGUUAAAUAAAAACAAUGUUGAAAGCUGAGGCAUAAUCUUCUUGAAAACAUGUACAUGUAAGUUAAAUAAAAUGAGUUUUUUCCCUCCAAAAGACUUUGUGUACAUGUGCCUUCUCUUUGCUGUGUU